AUGAAUUUCGCGCACUCUGCCUCAUGCACAAACAGCGACGUAACGCUUUCGGACAGCCAUCUGUCGCGAAUUAGAUGUCUGCAGUCUCCGCGUCGCGCCGACAUGCCUCUCCGCGACGAACGCGUCUCCGCUCUCCGAUCCGUCGUCCACUUGCCAAAACAAUUCGUUCAACCAUCGCUGCACGUGGGUCCUUCUCUCGCGUAUUGUUCCUGCUUGCCUAUUUUUUUUUUCUUUUUUUUGUCCUUAAAAUCAAGACGUCCUCAAUUUCUUGUGAAUUUAUCCAUGUAAAGAACCUCAUUUUCAAUUAUAUAACGGUCCGAAGAUCCCUCAAAUGACCUUGUUAUUCAUUUUUUUUUCAUCACAGGUGGUUAUUAUAUGUAGAAAAUAAAUAGAAAAAUUGAGGGAAUUCAAUUAUUUAUUAAACACUCCUUUGAAAACAAGACGAUAGGCAUGUUUGCUCUAACGAAUCAACGACUGUGGGAAGUGAAAUGGAUAACUAAUACCGAGUUCAAAGUGAUUCCGAGAAACUGAAAAUAGCCAUAGUGUUGAAUAGUCCUGACGAUUGAGGGAAUGAGAUGAUUUUGAAUUCGCGGAAAUUUUUUUUUGAUUACGGUAUAAAAAAGUUUUUGAUGUAUAGUCGUGAGGUCCUUUGCUUGCGUACGCGGCAUUACAUUCGACGCCUUCUUUUAAAUUAUUUGUAAAUUUAAAUUUGUAUAUUUAAAUAUUUACUAUAUGUGAUCACACAUGUAUGUGAAGUGCAAUUACCGUGUUCAAGUAAUUUCCGCCAAUUUCAAAAAUAUCUUUUAUAAUUCGAAGUUCAGCUAUCUUUUUCACUUUUUGUCGGUAAUUUCGAAUUUUGCGGAAUAACUUCAAAAUUUUUUUCUAGAAAUGCUACCUUGUGAUUCCGCGAAAUGCGAAAUUUUCUCUGUCUCUCUAAAAUUUUUGUUACCUUUUUCACUCUGCGACGGUGGUUUGGUUUUUAACUUCGCGAAGUUAAUUGAAUUUUCAACAGAUGAACCGGAACGUGUUUCUUUACGCCUGUUAUAUUUUAUUGCUUGUUUGUCACUGCCUUGAUAUUUUUUUUCUGAAGAUGUUGUUUCUGUAAAGACGGCAGCUGAUGUUGUAGGAAAUUGAUUCGUCUGUCACAAUAAAGGUUUUCCUCGUCGGCGGUCCGUCUCGUUCAUUAAUCUCUGCGAUUGACCCAAAGCGCGCUGCCCGCAGCCACACACCCCCUCGGCUGACCUUGGUAGUGUCCUCCGGAAGCUUCUUCCCUUUUUUCCAGUUUCUCCGUUUCUGCUCUUGAUCCGCACGUUCCCGACAUCUCAUUACUUAAUUAUGUGUCUCAGUCAAUAACGCUCUUGCGGCAGUCGCCGCCGCGGAGAACUCUAGGAGUGCUUGACAAGCUUUCCUUUCAUUUUCUCCGUUUGCCGAACUUUUCAGCUGUUUUUCUACUGAACCUGGAGCUUUAAAAAAGAGAAGAAUAUUCCGUUCAGUCUGAAAGUUUUCUAUCUGUUUUUUGUUGUCAAAAGUGAUCACAGCUUUCUCAGGUAUCGGAAAACCAUUUUUUAACCAACCAUUAAUAAAAUUUUCUGUUUUUUUCCCUCUAGUUUUCACCUACUUUAUGCUUCUUUGGACUCACAGUUAAUUGAUGAUUGCGGUAAAUAAUCAGAGUAUGACGCAAAAUCAGUAUUUUCCAUUACUGCAAGAAGUAUUUUGUUCGAGAAACAGCACUCCGAAAAUUUUGCUGUUAUGGAAAUAAUUGAGCCAUUGUGAUAUUAAAGAGAAAUGAGCAAAUAUUCACUGUUUCUCUUUUUUUCAGUUUCAGAAAAAGUUGUUUUGUUCAUUUAAAAAUUUAGGCAGUAUGUUAAUUUUCGUCGGUGACAAAUGCACAAGAAACAUCAUAUUUGACGACAUCCAUAACUUUUUUCCCCGCUACGAUUUUAAUUUCGUUCUGAUCGAUGGGAUGAUGUUGGCACUCCGAUCAUAUUUUUGCAGGAGAAGCUUUGGUAGCUGGCGCAGGCGCCAUGUGGUUCGAGGACAGCCUGUCGAACCUACGGCUGGCCGAGCUGGUCGAAGAGUGGCGCGACUUGUGGGCGUAUAAGGUUUCUUUAUUUGGUUCAGUCGGAGAAGUUAUUUAAGCUUUCCUCGUCGUAGAAAAUUGGGUACGGUCAUGAAGUAAUUUAUAAAAAAACAGAAUUGAUCAAAAUUUAUGCCGUGUUCAAAGUAAUUUCCGCGAAAUGCAAAAUACCCGUUAGAGAAAGGAAAAGAUCACUAAAUUUUGGAGAGUCAGAGAUCAUUUUGCAUUUCGCGGAAAUUACUUUGAACACGGCAUUAAAAAAAAUGCUCGUUUGGUUUUUGUGCAAACUAGAAAAGAUGAUGAAAAGUUAGUAUAUCCAAGUGUAGUUUUGAAUUACUGUUGCGACCCUUUCUGAUUAAAAAAAAGCUUUCAGGGAGACUUUGUCAUCGCCUGCAUGAGUUACGUUUUCGCAAUGACCAACUUUUUGAAUAUACCUCGGCUGAUGCUCAACAACGGUGGACGUGA